CCGAGCUUUCUAAUCGACACAUCUAUAUCCUGUUGUACUACAUAACAUCACUCUUUUGCCGCAACCAUGACGUCCGCAAACGAUUCCAGUUAUACCGAGAUGAAGGGCGAAGUGGAAGCUAUUGGGGCGCACUGCCAGAUGGAGUACUGCCACGUACUCGACUUCCUACCGUUUCGCUGUGAGAGUUGCCAAGGGAAGUUCUGUCUCGACCACCGCACCGAGAACGCGCACAAAUGUCCCAAGGCUGGCGAGUGGGCACGGCGCAAGGCCGGGAACAAUUCGCCAGGGCGAGAUGAAAAGCUACCGCCCAAGCCAACAUUAUACAACCAUGAACAGCAAUGCUACGAAAGCUCGUGCAAGACACUGAUCAACACGCCGCGCAUGCCUCCAAACGAAUGCUCAUCAUGUAACCACUCCUACUGCCUCAAGCACCGAAUGCCCGAAGAUCAUGACUGCAAAAACGUACCACAGCGCGGCGCAGUGCCAACGGGCGCACGGCAACAAACUAUGAGCGCACUAAUGAAGUUGAAGCUCUGGGCGGAAAACAAGAAGAAGGAAGACGAAAAGCGGCGAGCAGGCAGCAAGAAAUCGGGGUUCCUAGGCCUAGUCAAGGGCUCGUCGAGUUCGGGUGCAGCGUCGGCGCAAGCCGAACUCAACGCGCUGAAGCGCAGCGCCAAGGGCGAGGCCAGCGUGCCGCAAGACAAGCGGAUAUACCUGCACGUGGAGGCGUCGGCGGACACGACCAAGGCCAAGUAUCCGACGGGCAAGUUCUUCUACAACAAGGAGUGGACGGUGGGGCGGGUGCUCGACAUGGCGGCCAAGGCGCUGCAGGUGCAGAACGUGAAUAACCGGGGCGGAGGCGAGGAGGAGAAACUGCGUGUUUUCCACGUCGAGGGCGGGAGGCUGCUCAAGUUUAGCGAGAAGAUUGGGGAGCCGUGUCAGAGUGGUAACAUGAUUGUCCUGUUGCGGGGCGUGGGGUCGGGCGAGGCGCCGGAUUUGAUUGAUUUGUAGAGACUGAAGAUGGAGUUGUUGUUGUUGUUGGUGUUGGUGUUGGUCUGUAGGACAUGGCGUGGCUUGGAACAUGGUGCUGGAGAUACCCCUUGGAGUAAUUGAGCAUGUCGCGAGCAGAUAGAGAGAUUGUUGUACAUCUAGUAGACAUGGGUUGAGCCCAUAGCUCUAAGAAUAGACAUGGAAACAGG